CUCAAGUCAUUCGUGUAAAGGAAGUGGUAAGACAUUGUUCGGACCACAUAUAAAUCACUUUCAUAAAAAUACAAUAAAGCGCGGUUAAGGAGUGAUACCAGCAAAUUUUUCAAAUAUAAUAGUCCGUUUAUAAGAAGAUAAUGUAAUGAAAAUUUGAUUUUUCAAUAAAAGUGUUUCAAAUUGAAUUAAACAUUUCAAAUUAAAGUGACAUUCGAGGUGAUAAUAAAAAUAAAAAUCAUUUAAUCGCAGAAGCGAAACCAAAGUGAAAACACUAAAUACAAGACUUAUUUUAAAAGUAUUAAUAGUUCAGUAAGAAGCUUUUAGCUCAAAAAACAAGUAAAAUGAAUGCUGAAGAGUUUAGAAAAUAUGGCAAGGAUAUGGUGGAUUAUAUUUGUGAUUAUGCACAAAAUAUUGAACAGCGAGACGUAGCGCCAACGUUGGAUCCAGGAUAUUUAAAAAAACUAUUACCAGUUAAAGCGCCAUUGAAACCAGAAAAAUUCGAAGAUGUUCUAGCUGAUUUCGAAGAAAAAGUAAUGCCUGGUGUUGUGCAUUGGAACCAUCCGAAGUUCUUCGCAUACUUUCCAGCGGGCAACUCAUUCCCUUCAAUUUUGGGCGAUAUGCUAAGUUCAGCUAUCGGUUCGAUCGGAUUUUCAUGGGCGUCCUGCCCCGCAUCUACAGAACUUGAAACUAUUGUACUAGAUUGGUAUGCGAAAGCACUCGGUUUACCAAAAGCCUUCAUAAGUGAUCUACCCGGCAGUCGAGGGGGUGGUGCACUACAAGGAUCAGCAUCCGAAUGUACACUCGUCUGUAUGAUUACCGCACGUUCACGUGCCAUUCAAAAACUGAAAGGAAUGUGCUCAGAGAUACACGAAAGCGUUUUCCUGCCACAAUUGAUCGCAUAUGCCAGCAAGGAAGCACAUUCUUCGGUAGAGAAAGCGGCUAAAAUGGCCCUCGUAAAACUUCGUAUUAUUGAGGCCGAUGAACGAGGACGCAUGCGUGUGGAUCUGUUGCGACAGGCAAUGCAAAAUGAUGCUAACGCUGGCCUUACCCCAUUUUUCGUUGUUGCAACAGUUGGCACAACAGGCGCUUGCGCUUUUGAUAAUCUAACCGAAAUCGGUAAAGUGUGUAGGGACUUACCAAAUGUGUGGUUCCAUGUGGAUGGUGCAUAUGCAGGCAAUUCGUUCAUUUUACCAGAAAUGCGUAAAUUCUCGGAAGGUUUGGAAUAUGCUGACUCUUUUAACACAAAUCCCAACAAAUUGCUGCUUACAAAUUUUGAUGCAUCCGCAAUGUGGGUUAAGGAUGUAAUGAGUUUGAAGACAGCUUUGAACGUUAACCCUUUAUAUUUACAACAUGAACAUGAGAAGGCUAUAGACUAUCGACAUUAUGGUAUACCGUUGAGUCGUCGUUUUCGUGCGCUUAAAUUGUGGUUUGUCUUUCGAUCAUAUGGUAUCAUGGGUCUGCAGGCGUAUAUACGCAAUCAUAUGGCAUUAGCAAAGAAAUUCGAAAUGCUUGUGCGAAAGGACGAUCGCUUCGAGGUUAGAAACGAUGUUUACCUGGGUUUGGUGUGCUUCCGCAUGCGCGCAGAAGACACGUAUAAUCAAGAGCUGCUGGCACAGAUAAAUCACUCGGGCAAGAUGCAUAUGAUACCAUCGAUGGUGAAUGGCAAAUAUGUGAUACGCUUCUGCGUGACGUACGAACAUGCCACAGAGAAGGAUAUAACUGACGCCUGGAGUGAAAUCAAAGCAUUUGCCGAUGAUAUCCUUCGCGAUGUGCCUGCAUUAUCCCCAACUCCCGAAAAGGAGAAAGUCGUUUCGGAACCUCAACCUAUCAUUGGCAAACCACCAAUUAAAAAGAAGCUUACACGCACCAAAUCUUUACGUUUUUCGUUCACACGAAGUAUAUCUCGAGAAAUGUACGAAAGCCAAAAUGAACAUCUCAAGGACGGUUGCACACCGAUUUUGGUUGUAGACUCUAACACUAUGCUUCAAAGUUUUAUGAAAGCAACGUCGGAUCAGAAGAAAUUACGAGGCAUCGAAGAUGAAGAAGCCGACGAGGCUAGUAAUUAGCCAAUACUUCGAAAGGCUAAAUACAAAUUGAAGCAUCAAGAGUCCUAGGCGAUGACCGCCAUUCUUUGUACAAUUAUUAAAUAUCCGGUGUAUAAAAAUGUAACUAUGCCGAAGGUAUUCAAACAUGAGUAUAUACUACUUUAAAAAGUCAGCAGUCCCAUUUUCAGCCCGAAUUACCUUUAAAUUAAUACUUGUAGUAUUACAGUUAUGUAUGUAUAUACUUGAAGUGAGCGAUGUAUCAGAUAUAAUUGAAAACUGAUACUUAAACUUAAACUUGAACCUGAUCGGACCAAGUUUUCAAGUUGUCUAAGUUAUAUUAGUUAAGUAUUAAUCUAGUUUAACAGAUUUUCACGAGAGCAUAACUGUUCCUUAUCGUCACAUUUCGCCUCUCUUUUUGUGUUCCUACUGAUCUACAUUCUGAUUUUUCGCACUCAUUUAUGCACACAUACGUAGAUAUUGCACCACAUAUGCAUAUUCAUAUACUCACUGGAAUAGUUGUAUUUAUUUAUUUAUUUAUUAUGUAAUGCAAAACAUUAGAUGUAAGUCCUGUGUCAAUUAAAAAUUUAUAUACAUAUGUAUGUCCAUAUAAAUAAAGGUGUUUGUAUAUUUAUAAUA